GUAAGCAAAGGCAUUGGCACAGGCGAGCAUCGGUGACACCGGUGCAAUCGGUCGCCCACCACCAAGUAUUUGCCCCUUGCCUCGUAUGACCGCUAUUCUCUUGAAAACAUAAACAUGACUGACGAACUCAUGAAUCACUCAUGAUACGUCUGCCAACGGGCCUUGUUCCGUUGGUGGCGGCCUGGGGCCUUCAGAGCGCGCUUCACAGCGGGCUUGUAUGGCUCCAGGCCGACCAACCCACCUCAGCGCUUACUGCGCACGUAGUGCUGUCAAUGUUAACAUUAGUGUUAGUGCUGGCGGCUCUGGCAACGGUUCACCUGAGCUUUGCUCCUCGCGCUAUCAGCCAAAGUUCACAAACGGAAGAGCUACAAAUCUUCAUUAGGCUUCCUUCAGGGCAACUCGUCACGUUCGUGGGACCUGUCGAUGCCACUGUGGGCUCUGUCUUCGACUUUAUCGCUUCCACGACCCUCUUCCAUCUAGAUAACAGCCGGAUAUGGCGCUUGGUCGCGCGCGGCGGCGACACGCUGCUGGAGCGUUCGACCGUGCUGGCACGUCGUGGCCUGGCGUCCGGUUCCGAGCUGCAAGUGCUCGCACGGCUAAUGGGUGGCACUCCAAAGAGAAGGCCAUCAGCACCCUCAGACAACUGGCUCAGCCUCCACCGCUUCACCCGCUUUCGAAACCACUUCGGAGACCCCGUCUACACGUGCACCAACCCUGGAUGCCGUUCGCCAACACAGUUGAAGGAUAGAGCGGCUUGCUCUCGCCACGAAAAAUGCUGUGAGGGUGCACCUCGGGACCUCCCUCUCCCUGCCGGUACCGGUGGCGAAGGCGGCCUAGGAGACGCUGACUUUCCUGAGGGAGGGAGGGAUUCGCCUGCGGGUUCUGUUAGUGAGAGCGACAGCAUGGACACUAACGGUAGCGGCACCGGCAGCGGUAGCGGCACCGGCAGAGGUAGCGGCACCGGCAGCGGUAGCGGCACCGGCAGCGGUAGCGGCACCGGCAGCGGUAGCGGCACCGGCAGCGGUAGUGGCACCGGCAGCGGUAGCGGCACCGACGGCGGCGGCGGCGGGAAUGUUGGCAAUGGCAGUGACAGGAGUGGUGGUGGCUACAGUAAUAGCGGCAGCGCCCGGGUGGACAGCGACUACCUAUACUCCGAUGAGGAAGAGGAAGAUGCUGCUGACGCUGAACCGGGUCAUUUCCUGGCGGCAGCUCUACACCGCGUUGUGGCUUCUCUCGACCAGGACGACCCUGCCAACAUCAACACCAUUGAGCUGCUGAAUGCUAUUCUGCAGCAAUUCGGGCACCUGGCGCCUGUUGACGGCGACGGUGAUGCUGAUGACCAAGCCGGUGCGGUUGCCAACGACCUUGCGGCGCAGGGUAUGGUCAUGCAACCCACCAACAUCUCCGAACUACAGCAUGGUGCGCGGUCUGUGCAGCACUUCAAGGGCAUCAUGUCAGAGCCGCUGUGGAGAACAGGCACUCAAUCUGCACCUAUCACUGUGGGGCAGUUUGCUUACGCUUGGAUGAAGGAGAAGAUUGAUGGGCGCGUACGGGAUAAUGUUGCGGACCGUCAGCUGCGUUUCCUUCGUGACGUGUGCUUUCCACCUGGCAAUAACUUGCCCCCGUCGCUGUACAUAAUGAAGAAGAUGUUGGACAUUCCAGACGCACGUGACUUUGAGAAGCACGUUUGUUUGAGCGACAAGUGCUUGUUCCCUGAUUUCCCUCGAGAUGAGUGGCACCAGCACCUGCAAGAUGAGUGCGGCUGCGGCCAUCGACGGUUUAAGCCUGCCCGGCCAGGACACCAACCAGUUCCGAACAAGAGGUUCUACGACUUCGGUGUCGAGAAUGUCGUGCGCGGCAUGUUCAUGGACCCACGGUUCUGCACGUUUCGCGGCACAGGGCGCGACAACAACCCUGACGACUUCUACGGCUCGCGGUACGCGCAAGACAUCAAUGCCAAGACUUCCGGCGAGUUCUUCGAGCCCGACAGCUCGGCUUACGACCUGGGCUUUGACUUCGGCGAGGUCUUCUCAUUCAAGAAGUACAGCUGCGGGAUGCUGUUCAUUCGGUGCGCGGACCUGCCAGUGACUCAACGCAAUGCCAGAGACUGCACUAUGCGGUGACAGCAGGAUCCGGAUCUCUCAUGCGCACCACAUGGAUCGGGCACAGGUUGUGGAAAGUAAUCAUGACUUGGCAUCGGCGCUGGGUUGCCAUGGCAUUUCCUGCAUAGCGAAGGAGCUGUCGUACAUAGACAUGAAUAACGUGUGGGUUGUGCCCAUAGCGCAUGCAGCUCUGUUCGGUGUCAUCAAGAAGUUCUGGCACUUUGUGCUGGGCGAGUCCGUCAAGAAGGCUGAGAGUGACUUUGUGAUUAGUGUAGAGGCUCGUCGCAGAAUGACUGCACGUGCAUCCCAUUUCAUCAUUACUAAUGACUUUAACCGACCCUACCGUGACAUUGUCCCCUGCUCGUACUGGACCAUGGAAGAAUGGCUGCACUGGACGGACUGCUUCUCCCUAUACGUCCUGCACUCGCACGGAGGGGAUCCUAAUAAAGUUGUGAUGCCGGUAGUUACACGGAAAGAUGAUGCAGGGCUGGAUCGUGAGUUUGACCUGGGGAGAAUGUGGGAGAUGUUGCGCACGGCCAUGCUGCAUUAUCUGCGGUAUGACCAAUUCUCGGAGGCUGCGUGUGACAGUGCAGCAGUAACCUUCAAACAGUUCUGCUGUGACUCGGAGCUCGUGUUUGGCAUGAAGUUUGCUACCUACAACAUGCAUCUACUGGCAUGUAGGCUACGCGAGCAGGAGCGUGCACGUGGGCACGUGGCGUUUGCAACUGAGUUCUGGGUGGAGCGCGGUGUGCAGCAGGUCAAAAGUGGGGUCAAGUUCCGCACAACCAGGUGUCCAGAGCAAAUUAUUGUGAGUGGGUUCCUUGCAAGUGCCCGGCUCGCUGAGAUGCGAGCUGAGCGUGGCAGGGGAGGUGGCACCGCGGAUGGUGGUGCAACCGGGCCAGCCGGGGUAGAGGCCGGCCAUGCACUGGCUGCGGGUGGGAGCCAGUACAAGUCAUUUGAUGAGUGGGUGCCAGAUUACCGUGCAGCACACGUCACAUUGACGGGGGAUGUUUGCGCGGAUGUAGAGGAUGGUGAGGGUUCCCAGCUGCUUGGGCGCGGAUAUGUGGCGGGUCCGACCGAGCGGACAGUUGUCUUCGAAGCAUUCAUGAAGGCUUUUAGUAAAGAGGACUUUGCGACACGUUCAGGUGUGGUGGAGGGUGACUUGCAGAACGCAAGUGUUAUUAUAUUCAAACGUGCACUUGUACGACGUGACCAGGUUUUACUAUCUACAAAGUAUAACUUGACCACUGCACGUGAGUCAUUUUAUGUGAAGACUAAGUAUGCGCCAUCCCUUGACACCCCAGAGGACGAUCAGGACGUGUCUGUGUAUGUUGGAGAGGUUGCAUUCUAUGCUCGUGUGCAAACCGUGCGUGGGGUUGUAUGCCGUGUGGCGAUUUGCGAAUUGCAUAAGGUGGAGGUGGUACGGCCGCAGUCGUUGUACUAUGCUGCAGACUUUAGUCGCCGCAAGGCAACCCCCAACCAAGAACGCCAGCAGACGUUCCUGAACUCGUUCCCCGUGCUAUUGCAAGCCAUUGACUCGAAGGUGAUGCGCUGCAAGCUCGACGAGAAUAAAAGUUACUUCAUUACGUACCACUUGUUUUUCUCAGUUGCCAACCAAUGAUGGUGAUUGGCAAGGAGCAGUGCAAGUUGGGUAGCCGCUCACGCGGCUGAUGCAGUCUGUAACAUGAUGAUGUC